AUGGUCGCAUCAAAAUAUAAGGAGAAGUGGAUUCUUGAUCGAGAACUCGAGGAAGAGCUUAUGAAAUAUACGAUGAGUUACGAAGAGAGUGAAGUGGACCCCGUCUCAGUCGAGCAGGCUGAUAAAAUCCACGCAGAAUCUGAUGCGGAAGUCGACAUAAUCGGGCGUUUGGAAUUCAAUGGCGGCAAUGAGAGAACUGAAGCAGAUUUUGCGGAUACAACUGAAAGCUCGAGUUCAUUUGAUGACUCUGAUUAUGAAGCUGAUGAUUUUGAUCCCCUGCUAGAGCCUGAUGUUUCGUCCAAUACUAUUGAUGGAAUUUUCAGCAUGAGGAAGAGAAGGCUCACAAAUCACUGGAAGGCCUUUAUCAAGCCUCUAAUGCUGCGGUGUAGAUGGGUUGAGCUGCAAAUAAAGAAGUUAGAGGCACAAGCACUAAGAUAUGAUAGAGAACUUGACAAAUACAGUCAGCGUAAACUUGGGUUUGUGAAAUUUAUGGCGCAAGAUCUCGACUUAGCAAAAUCAAUUCCUUUUUCGAAGGAUUGUUUGGGAAGUGAGGUCUUCAUGAGGAAGAAAAGAAAACGGAAGGAGGAAACUGAGGAUGUAGCAGCAUACAUGUCCAAGAACAGAGAUAAUGGUGCUGACUUGAAGAGACUUGCAAAAGCCACCAAGAAAGUCGACACCGAUGAUGAUUUUUUGGACAUGGACGAUGACCUGUCAUGUGGUGAGAAUGAAGAUGACGAUAAUUUUGUGGAGGAAAUGUUUCAGAAGGCUGAUCUUUUACAGUCUCGAGUUGAUCAGUUGAAGAGUAGAGUUGAGAAGAUAAUGAAUGAUAGUUCUGAAAAGUUUACUUGCGCCGAUUACUCGAGUGAUGAAGAAGGUGUUAUGGAGGGAACAUCUGUGGGUGCUUAUGUCGUGUCCCAGCUUAUAGCUGAGUAUGAGUCGAGUAAGUUUCUUUUGCCGGAAAGUGCAGUUAAAAGAUGGCAAGAAGUUUCGUGUGAUGAUGCUAAUGAAAGAAUGGAUUGUUUUUGUUUUGCAGAUCCAACUGAAAAUGAUGACUAUGGAGUUCUCAUUGACAACCCAAGGAUGAAGGAAGAGAUGGACAGUUUCAAUGUACAGUACAUUCAACCAAUUCAGAGACCAGAUAUGGCGGAUUCCAUUCGGGUUUUGGAUGACCAACGGCCUUUGAAGAUAUGCUCGAUUUUGAAAGGUACGAAUCAGGGAAGCACAAAAAAUCGGGAGAGACGUGGUCUGCGAGUCAACUUCAACAUUUAAAUCAAAAACAGGAUUGUUUCUUUUUUCUAAAAUUGAAGAGGAGAUAUUGAAAAGCUUUUCUUGGAGUUCAACCUGCACAUAUAGCGCCUUGUAAAGUUGAGAAAUUUAUGAGUUUGCAUUCUUUUCCUUUAUUUUUUUGUAUAGAUUUGGAACUUGUUAUAUUCUUUGGUACAUAUGUUAUUCUUGUGGAUUACUG